AUGGCUGUGUGUGAUGCUAGCCAAAGCCUCCCAAAGUUGCAGAUUGAAGCCGUGCUGAGUGUACCACCGUUUAAGGCGACAGAACCACGACGAGUUCGCCAGGUUUUGAUGAGUGACACUGACUCAAUGGUGAGGUCACAGCCAAAGGCCAUUCAUGGAUGCUACCAAAUCGUUCUCUACUAUGAGAAUUUGAAUGAGGAAGAGGGUGAUAAGUUUUUGGCUGGUUGGAUUGUAGAGUCACUGAGCAGUGCCCUGGUGGAACACCCACUUCUUUCAGGGAGGCUGAGAAGGAAGGACAGUGACGAGCACUGGGGAAUGUUAGAGAUUGUGUCCAAUGAUUCUGGCAUUCGACUCUACGAGGCACGCUUCCCCAUGGUUUUGUCAGAGUUUCUUGCCUUGAGUGUUGAAAAGGAACAUCUUGAGGCUGAGCUUGCCUUUUGGAAGGAAAUCGAUGAGCUCAAUCCUCAGUUCUCUCCUCUCUUUUAUGUCCAGGCAAGUAGUGCAUGCUGUGUUUAUUCAUUUAGCCACACCUAUCAGCUUAAGCUUUUUGAGAUGGAUAAGGUGACCCAGUUUGAAUGUGGAGGAUACACAAUAGGCAUUAGCUGCAGUCUUCUCUUGGCAGAUGUUUUGGUGGUAGAGAACUUCCUCAAGACAUGGGCUGAAAUUCACAAUAGUAUGUUACACCAAAGAGAAAAGAUUAACACACCCAUAUUUUAUCACCCUCUACUCAUAAAAAAUAACGAGCCCCCCCUUGCUGAUACGAUCCACCGCACCAAAAUUAGAAAAGCACAUACUACAGCAUUCAAGGUCAUUGCCAAAGACUUAAAUUUCAACGAGGAAUUUUGGAGGGAAGUUGCCAUGCUAUGCGUUGAGGAAGUAGAUCAAAAGCUUCACAAGGGAGUGUGGACAAAAUUUAAUUUGUUUGUGAAAGAAUCCUCUGAGGUCAUCAAGGCAGAGGGUCACUCAAAGAAUGAAUACUGUAAGAAAGUGUUUGACCAAAGCCUAAAGAAUCAAAUCAGUGGUGCUACUUGGAAUGAUUUUGGAGAAUGCGUAACGUUUCAUGAAGGAAACAAGCCUGUCCUUGUUUCUCGUUGGAUUGGAUCAAUUGGUGAUGAUGGGAACGUUAUAGUAGUCCCAUGCACAGAGGGAAAGGCCUCUGCUUUGAUCACACAAGAAGCACCCCCGCGAAGAAGACAAGUGGUAGCAUAUGAAGGGGAGAAGAGGGUGAAGGUGGCGGUCAUGACAUGGCAGGGAGGAGGUGUUGAUCCUGUGGCUGUGGGCGUGGGUGCAGGGGAGGGGAGGGUGCUUGGCAUGCAUGAGCAAGAACAUGGGACUGUGGAGAUGAUUCAGUAUAAGCAGUCAGUCUCCACAAUUAUCCCUUCAGACAAUCAAUUCACGAUGAAAAGGAAUCAAGUUCCAUCACCAGUUGUGAGUAGUGAUCCCCUUUGGAACCUUCCACGGUCAAGGAAAAAAUUGAUCUGA